AAAAAAAAAAAAAAAACAUCAAAAUUCUCUAUUUGAGUCUUUAAAAAAGAUGAAUAGUUUAACUUGGUAUGGCAAAAAACUGCAACACCUUUGUACAAAAUCAUGGAACUUGGCAAAAUUGUUCAUCCAUUCUCACUACAGAGACAUUCUCUUCAAAGUCAACCCCUUUUUCAUCUAUCUUUUCUACUUUAUCUCCCUUCCUUUCUUGGGUUUUGGGGUCCUAAAAUCCUUAAACCCAAGAUCACCGAAUUUCGCACCUCGAGACAUCGACUUGCUCUUCACGUCCGUCUCGGCCGCCACUGUCUCGAGCAUGUCCACGGUCGAGAUGGAAGUCUUUUCUGACUCCCAAUUGAUCUUCAUGACUGUUUUGAUGUUCGUUGGUGGUGAGGUUUUCACUUCCAUGCUCGGGCUCCACCUAAGGAGGCUAAAAAAUGUCGAGACAUGGAAAGGCGAGGAAAAAAUUGGGCCCGUCUCAUUUAUUUCUUCUGAAGAAAUCGAGAUGGGUUCGAUUUCUAGGCCCGGGUCGCGGCCCGAUGGCGAAAACCCGUUUAUCGAGUACGAUUCCAUCAACUUCUUGGGCUUUGUUGUGUGGGGUUACCUUUUGGUGUUCCACAUUCUCGGCGUUUUCUCUGUAUUGGUCUAUCUAUCCCUGAUUCGUAGCGCGCGAGGCGUUUUGCGGAGGAAGGGCCUCAAAAUAUUAACUUUCGCGGUUUUCACCACGGUCUCGUCUUUCUCGAAUUGCGGCUUCGUGCCCACGAACGAGAACAUGAUAGUGUUCGGCAAGAACUCAGGCCUCUUGUUGAUUUUGAUCCCGCAAAUCCUAUUCGGGAACACUUUGUUCCCUCCGGGUUUGAGGCUCGCGGUUUGGGCCGUAGGGAAAAGGUUCAAGAAGGCCGAGGCCCGGUAUUUGUUGCAUAACGAGAAUGAGGCCCGAUACACACAUUUUCUUCCCCGGGCCCACAUCCCGUUUCUUGUGGGUACCGUGUUCGGGUUUAUAUUGAUCGGGUUCGUUUUGCUCUGCGCCAUGGAGUGGGACUCGAUUGGUUUGAGUGGACUCGGUAGCUACCAGAAAGUGGUGGGGGUGAUUUUUUUGUGCGUAAACGCGAGGCACGCGGGCGAGACCAUAGUCGAUCUCUCAACUAUAGCGCCCGCAAUUUUGGCGUUCUUUGUGGUCAUGAUGUACCUUCCACCAUACGCUUCAUUUGUACCUAUUAAGAGAGAUGACCAAAUUCAUGAGGACUCCAAAUUGGGAAGAAAGGAAAUUAAGAGAACAAGAAUUGCAGAAAACAUCUUGUUUUCACAGUUAUCUUAUCUUGCCAUCUUCAUUAUUAUCAUAUGCAUUACGGAGAGGAAGAGCCUGAAAAACGAUCCUAUGAACUUCAGUGUGUUGAAUAUCAUAGUCGAGGUGAUAAGUGCAUACGGAAAUGUAGGUUUCACAACCGGGUACAGUUGCGACCGUCUAAUAAGGCCCCACCGGAACUGCGUGAACAAAUGGUAUGGCUUUUCUGGAAAGUGGAGCGACGAGGGAAAAAUCGUCCUAAUAGUAGUUAUGAUUUUUGGUAGGCUCAAAAAGUUCAACAUGAAUGGGGGACAAGCAUGGAAGCUCUUGUAACUUAUCAACAUCGGUUGCCAUAUGUAGUGUAGUAGUAUACCUAAAUCCAUGUUUUCUGCUCACAAAUGUAUGUAAAAAGCUUCAAAAGGGUAAAUAUUAAUAAGACUAAGUGUGUGUGAGCUAUAGAAGAUUAUGUUACGAACCUUUGCUUUGAUGAUUGUUAUGUUUUAAUGAUUGUUAUGUGUAUGUAUGUAAGAUCAUGGGGAGUUAAUUUUA